ACGCGCGCGUCACAGCUGCGCGCGCGCACGCACGCACGAGCGAUCCUUUCUCGUCUUCGCACACGUUUGACGCCGCUGCUGCCCCGCGCACUUGCGUUGGUGUUGCGUUCAAGGACCUCGGAGACAGACAGACGGACGGACGGACGGUCAGUCGCCUCCUCGUUCACGCGCGAGCGCCUCACCCGCCCAGCAGAGAUGGCGAAAGCGGACCAGCGCUACGGCCAGCGGGACGGCUCGGACCAGAACUUCGAUUACAUGUUCAAGCUGCUGAUCAUCGGCAACAGCAGCGUGGGCAAAACCUCCUUCUUGUUCCGAUACGCCGACGACUCCUUCAGCAACUCCUUCGUCAGCACGGUGGGCAUCGACUUCAAGGUGAAGACCGUGUAUCGCCACGACAAGAGGAUCAAGCUGCAGAUAUGGGACACGGCGGGCCAGGAGCGUUACCGCACCAUCACCACGGCGUACUACCGAGGGGCCAUGGGUUUCAUCCUCAUGUACGACAUCACCAACGAGGAGUCCUUCAACGCCGUGCAGGACUGGUGGGGCCACGCAGAUCAAGACGUACUCGUGGGACAACGCGCAGGUCAUCAUGGUGGGCAACAAGUGCGACAUGGACGAGGAGCGAGUGGUCGCGCCCGACAAGGGAAAACAGCUGGCGGAGCAACUCGGUUUCGAGUACUACGAGGCGAGCGCCAAGGAGAACGUCAACGUGCGGCAGGUGUUCGAGCGCCUGGUGGACAUCAUCUGCGUCAAGAUGUCAGAGCGCGUGGACGUGGAGGUGCCGGCGGCCCCCGGGACCAAGACCGCCAGACUGAGCGACAGACCGGCGGGCCAGCUACCCCCGAAGUGCUGCUGAUAGGCCGCCAUACACCCCCCCACCCCCCCCCCCCCCCGAUCCCCCCCACGUCCGAGCAGAGCAAGCGACAGCGCUCCCGUCACUCUCCGCCUCUGAGCUGUCGUUCCUGAAUCCCAAAUUUGACACGGCGCGCCGCCAAAAAGUGCGCGCAGUGAGCCUCCGUUUAUGGCGGCGGAUACGUUCGGCGAUAAAACUGAAAAAGCGCAAUAUAGAGACAACGACAUCCAGCAUCAAAACCUGUUUUUGGCCCCUCUUGAGCGCUUAAAGUCCCUGUAAAGUGGAAAUGAACGUGACCCUCCAGCACGAAGCCCGUCGAAAGUCGCACGGUCGCGUUUGGAGCUAAACAUAUUGUUCCAAAAAAAAAGCUUUCCACCGAUGCGUAGAUCGUGGCGAUCGGGCAACGUUCGGCCAAGAGAUGUCCGUUUCGAGGUCGGAAGCCGCGUUUGCGCGCUAGCCGAGCGGCAAGGAUGUUUGGUUUCCGUCACGAGGGGCCGUCUUCCGCUUCGUACGUGUGAUGACGUACGUUUGCACGAAACCGGCGGCUGCGGAGAACCCGAGCUUUCCAGACAGACUGAUCGUGACUUACUUUUCCAGUUUUUGAAAUCGCACGUGCAAAUCGAUCUUUUUUUCACGUCGUCGACGCUCUCGGCCAGGCGCGUCAAACUCAUUUUUGGACUUCUGAUUUCCCUCAGAGCGCCGUUAGAACUGUGAAACCAGAAAAAUGUUUCAUCACCAAAUCCUAUUAUUAUGUUACCAUUACACAACAAAUUGAGGGAUAACUCCUUUUGAAAUCAGAAGACAAGGAUAAUAGAUUGUUCAAGUAUUGUUGAAGUUACUGUAGAAGAAGGGUUUGCUAACAGAAAAAUGGAAUAUAUCUCAACAUUAUUGUUCCUGAUUAUGACAAUUUGGAAUUCGGGUACAGAUUUGAGCAAAAAUCACGGGAGUCGACGAGCGUGAUUUGCCACAUAAAAUAACGUGGCGUGCCUCAUCCGGCCCCCGGGCCUUGAGUUUGACCCCCCUGUGCGACUUGCGGUCGCCAAUCUGACACGGCGCAGAGAAGAGGAUUCAAAGAAAUGGCCGAGUAUAGAAAGGGAGGCUUCGCAACGCUUUCCGCUCGCCGACGACGAGCUACGCGCUUGAUGCCCGCACGUAGCUACACCUUUGAGCCGCCAAAACAGGUCUGAACUAAAUCCCGCAGGGUCAUGGAGGGGCUUUUCCACGCUGCUAUUCCAAGGCAUAGCUAGCUAGCUAACGGCACGUCGCCAACGUACCGGAUCGUCACCGAUGCCGACGAAGGCGCUUCGGUUCUUAAAUAGCGGGGGAGGGGCGACUCGUGCCGAGGGGCCCUCGCUUUAGCCACGCCCAAAAAUGGAAUGGUGCAAAAGUUACACAUAUCGCCGCAAUUCAGUACCACAUAGUUCUCAGUCUUUGCAGCUUCCCCCCCCCCCCCCAAAAUGUAUCAUGACUCUAAAUCGGGACUUGCCUGUACACUGUCAAAACCCCUAAAAAAACCGAUGGCUUCGUAACCGCGACACGGUGCGGCGGGGAACGCCGGAGACCGAAAUGAUCCGGAAAAGGUUCUGUUGUACGGAUGGCAACCGGCGCAUCGCAGCGGAUCGGCAUUUCAUCGUUCCGCCUGCCGCCGUACGUCGCUGGCAGAGAUCCAAUUUACAAAGACGCAUUAUUCGGAGUUGCAAUUUGAGGAAUCGCUGUGCUUCGCCACGCCGGUCACAGGAGCACACCGACGCACUUUGGCCCGUUUUCAACGACGGCGCUGGCUAACAGGCUAGUCGGACGACCUUACGCCAGCGCUUAGCUUAGCACGCCGGCGCUAGUUUGCUCUUGCUGUCAUUCUGCGGAGCUCCCCGAUAAACGCAGUUACGCGUUUACACCAUUGCCGACAUCACGUUCCCGUCGGCACGUUCUAGAACAAUCAACUACGCCUCCACUUGUUCGUUCCUUCUAGAACGAUCUUAACCGCCGACACGUUCCCCCGCUCGCCGGCUUGGCGCUUGAAAAACAUCUUUCGUUUUGAAAAACAUGCGAGACGACAGAAAUGGGAGAAUAUUUACUGUCGUGAGGCUGAAAUCAGAGGAUUCCGGACACAUUUGGCUUCGACGGGAACAAGGUCUCCAAACGAUGAAACGGCGAGCAAAAGAGUUUCUUCAAAACGCUCGAUUGAUUUGAUAACAGAUGAAUUCUCCCCGUGACCUGACGAUUAGCAAAUGGACGUCUUCGUGACGUUGUGACGGAACCGCUUGGAUUAUGGGGAGAGAUUGGUCUCCAAAUGAUUUACACAAGUAUAGCAGCGAUUUACAGGUGUUUUUUUGGGGAAUGCAUUUGUAAAUAUUCCAUUGCUGAAGGAGCGUUUCGUCCGUCCGCGAGGCGGCAGUGUUGCCGUGUCCGCUCUCACACGUACGACGUUUCGACGAUUGAGAGCGAGCCGCUGUUAUUAUUUCAAGACUGUAAUAAUAAGCUGUCGUUUUGGAUCUUACUGACAGACGAGGACGGCCAUUUCUUUUCAUUUGACUUCCUUCCGGUUGUUUACCGGCGACGCCAGCAGGGUGUCGGCCUCCCCGCCGAACGAUUUGACGGAGACGGCGAGACUGCCCCCUAGCGGACGGAGGGACGUGUGAAUAUUCUCAACUUGAACACUCAAAAAUAAAUGACCCACAAAUGCACCUUCAACGAUUCACAAGCAGAAUUGAAUAUUGACAUUUAUGCUAAGUCGUGAUCAAUGCACACACAACAUGAAAAAACCCGUCGAUGAGCGACGACGUCGGCCGCGUGAGCUGGCGACACGCAGCUUGCGCAGCGGCCGGCGCGCGUGAGCUGGCGUGGCGUGACGUGCGUGCCCUCAAGGUGUCGUCGUUUCCUUCACCUCGGCGCGCGUCGCUUAGGACGAUCGCGAUAGUCGAUUUCGUGUUGUGAGCGCUUUCGUGUUUGUGUAGAGUUUCUCGGACCACAGGGUGUCUUUUCCGUAUUUCCGUAUUUCCGUAUUUCCGUAUUCCCAUCAAGGGAUGACGCGUGUGCGCGACGACGACGACGACGACGACAUCCUGCCAAAUGUUUGUGACGCCAAGCCAGCCGGCUUCGCUGCGCGCCCCCCCCCCCACCCCCACCACGUGUAUUGAUGACGACAUUAUUGACUUUGUUGAUUAUUCGCUCGUGACUUUGUAACUGAUAGAUUUAGAAGUUCGAUUGUGUGAAAUGAUUUUUGGUGUUGACAGAUUCCGUAGAGACUUGAUGUGAACUUGUUGUCUUGCACUUCACUCCUGUUUGGAAGACAAGCACAAAGUGAUUGUAAAAGCUAUUGUCAAUGUUUGUAUUACUAUUGAGGCAAUUUAGUGGAAGAAGAAGAAUCAUUUUCAUGAUGAUAAGCAACCCUUAACCGUAUCGUUUGUCUGAUUUAACACAUUCUUAUCGUGCAAAUGUGUCGCUGACCUGAAAAACGCAAAGUCAUCAGCGCUGCCAGCUCGUUUACGGCGGGCUCGGAGUUGCUAAGUGACGUUUCCAUUGCGUGACGAUGUCAUCGGGUAAUUUCGUAGAACAUUGCGCAGGGUGGGCGACCGGUUAGCGCAUCUGCGAGGCAGAUGCGGGUUCUCCCCGGGCCUGCGUGGCUUUUCUCCGGGCACGCCGCUUUCUUCCCGCGUCCCAAAAACACGCGCGCUAGCUUGAUUGAGGACUCCAAUGGUCGUUUGUUUCUAUGUGCCCCGCGAUUGGCCGGCGACCAGUUGAGGGCGUACCCCGCCUCUCGCCCGAAGAUAGCCGGGACGGGCUCCGGCACGCCCGCCACCCGCGUGAGGAGAAGCGGCUCCGAUCAGGCAGAGUAAACGGUGGCGUUACUGUCCAAAAAAUAACUGGAAAUGGAAUCAUUAUUUUGGGGAAAUGUGAUAUUCAUAAAUGGAAUUGCAGUCAUCCAAAACCAAUGUUUUUUAUUACUGAGAAUAAAACCGGACAAUAUAUGAGUACCAUAUUUAACUCUAAAAACAAAAGAGCAGUCAAAACUGUCGUUUUAUGCUCUUCAUUCAUGUUUGUAUCAAAGCUCCCCGUGUAUUAUUUUAUGUCUGUUUUCAUGUCAAGUGAAUA